AAUGACAAGAGUUGUAUUUUGUGGUUAGAAAUAUCGGUUUGGGAAUUCGGCAAAUCCCCAAAUCUCUUGAUAAUAACUAAUAAGUGUAGGUGUAGGUGCUUAUCAUAUCGUAUUAAGAUAAUUUGCUAGUUAUAGCGUGUUAACUUAUAUUAAAUUAAAUUUCCAUCCACUAAAAUGAAUAGUGUGCUUCAUUUAAUUUUAGUUAUAUUUUCCAUUUUUAUCUGUGCACAAACGCAUGAAAAUGAUGUCUAUACAGUGCAGUAUAAUACAGACAAUUAUUCAGAAGAGAUAUCCAAGCGAAAUCAUUUUAUUAUGUUUUAUGCUCCUUGGUGCGGGCAUUGUCAACGAUUGGGCCCUAUAUGGGAGCAAUUAGCUGAAAUGUUAAAUGAGGAUGAUACAAAUAUUCGAAUAGCCAAGGUAGAUUGCACUGUAGAUAGUAAAAUAUGCUCUGAUGAAGAUGUCACUGGGUAUCCAACUCUGAAGUUCUUUAAACUGGGAAACAACGUCGGGGAAAAAUUCAGAGGAACCCGAGAUUUACCAUCUCUUACUUCUUUUAUUAAUGAACAGUUACGUUCGGCCGAAGAAGAUGACACUGUAAAGGUCCCUCAACCGCUACAAGGAUUGAUCGAACUUACUGAUGAGAAUUUUGAAAAACAUGUCUCCUCAGGAAAACAUUUUGUUAAAUUUUAUGCACCAUGGUGUGGACAUUGUCAGAAAUUGGCACCUGUUUGGGAGAGACUCGCAGAAUCAUUAGAAUUUGAACCAGAAGUUAGCGUGGCGAAGAUUGACUGCACACAGUUUAGAUCAAUUUGCAACAAUUUUGAUAUUAAGGGUUAUCCCACACUUUUAUGGUUGGAGGAUGGCAAACGCAUUGAUAAAUAUCAGGGUCAAAGGACUCACGAAGAAUUGAAAACGUAUGUGAAUAAAAUGUUAGGCUCUAAUAAAGCAGAUGUAAAUGAACAGAAAUCUGAAACCGUUAGCAGUAGUGCAGUUAUGAUUUUAACAGGUGAUGAUUUCAAUCAUGGUAUUGAAAAGGGUAUCACAUUUGUGAAAUUCUUUGCUCCCUGGUGUGGUCACUGUAAACGAUUGGCUCCUACAUGGGAAGAUCUUGCAAAGAAAUUUGUGGACAAUCCUCAAGUUCACAUAGUGAAAGUUGAUUGUACCUUAGAAGUGAAUAAGCAACUAUGCAAUGAUGAAGAGGUGGAUGGAUUUCCAUCCGUAUUUCUUUACAAAAAUGGAAAGAAAAUCUCUGAAUAUAAUGGAAAUCGAAGCUUAGAAGACUUAAAAGAGUUCAUUGAAUCACAUGCUCAUAGUCGCGAUGAAUUAUAAAUGUAUAUACAUAUCACUUAAGAGGGAUUAAUUAAAAUUUUGUUGAUUUUAUAAGUGGUUUUUAUAACCAGCAACUCAUCUAUACAGAUUGCCUUAUUAAGAAUUGUGAAAUAGCACAAGGUUAACUUGCCAUUCUUAAUUGGGCGACUUGUAUAAUUUUAGUACAGUUUUUGUAUGUUUGGAAAUGUAUUUUUUUACUUGUUUGAUAGUUACGUUACUUGUAAAUGGCAAAAGACUGUAUUACUUUUAUUAGAACGUAUAUUAAAGUGAUUUCCUCAUUA